AUGCUUUAUCGAAGCUCUAAACCAAUGCGAUUCAACACUGUACCAAUCAGUUCAUCGAUUUUGCGUAUUGGUGCUACGCUCCCGGCAUCCGUAGCUACAAGUGAACGCUCGUUUUCUUCCCUUCGUAGAUUGAAAACGUAUUUACGUAACAAAACAGGCGAAGAAAGAUUAAAUGGAUUAACAUUGUUAAAUGUACAUAGAGACAUUGAAGUUAAUUGUGAAGAUAUUCUUAACAUUAUGGCUAAAGCCUAA